GCUCCCGGGGCGCCGCCGCCCGCAGUCCUCGCGCAGCCCGGCCAUGAGAGUCCUCGGCGGGAGCUGCGGGGCGCUGCUGGCGUGCCUCGCCCUCGCCUUCCCCGUCUCGGAGGCAAACUUUUUGUCAAAGCAACAUGCUUCACAAGUUCUGGUUAGGAAACGCCGAGCAAAUCAUGCCUUUGAAGAAGUCAAACCGGGUAAUCUUGAAAGAGAGUGCAUUGAAGAACUGUGCAAUAAAGAAGAAGCCAGGGAGAUCUUUGAAAAUUACCCUGAAACGGAAUAUUUUUAUCCAAAAUAUUUAGCCUGUCUUGGCUCCUUCCGAGCUGGAUUAUUCACUGCUGAACGUCAGUCAACUAAUGCCUACUCUGAUCUAAGGAGCUGUGUCAAGGCCAUUCCAGACCAGUGCAACCCUCUUCCAUGCAAUGAAGACGGAUACCUGAGCUGCAAAGAUGGCCAGGCUACAUUCACUUGCAAGUGUAAAUCGGGUUGGCAAGGAGAGAAGUGUGAAUUUGAUAUAAAUGAAUGCAAAAAUCCCUCAAACAUAAAUGGAGGUUGCAGUCAGAUUUGUGAUAAUACACCUGGAAGUUACCAAUGUUCUUGUAAAAGUGGUUUUGUUCUACUUUCAAAUAAAAAGGACUGCAAAGAUGUGGAUGAAUGCUCUGUGAAGCCAGGCAUUUGUGGCACAGCUGUGUGCAAGAACACCCCAGGAGACUUUGAAUGUGAAUGUGCUGAAGGUUACAGAUACAAUCCCACAUCAAAGUCUUGUGAAGAUGUGGAUGAAUGCUCUGAGAACAUGUGUGCUCAACUUUGUGUCAAUUACCCUGGAGGUUAUUCUUGUUACUGUGAUGGGAAGAAAGGAUUCAAACUUGCCCAAGAUCAGAAAAGUUGUGAGGCUGUUCCAGUGUGCCUUUCCUUGAACCUUGAGAAAAAUUAUGAACUCCUUUACUUGGCAGAGCAGUUCGUAGGGGUUGUUUUAUAUCUAAAAUUUCGCUUACCGGAUUUUAUCAGAUUUUCAGCCAUAUUUGAUUUCCGGACAUAUGAUUCCGAAGGUGUUAUCCUGUUUACAGAAGCUCUUGACCACUCAGCUUGGCUCCUGAUUGCACUUCGUGACGGAAAGCUGGAAAUUCAGUUUAAGAAUGAACAUACAACCCAAAUCACAACUGGAGGCAAAGUUAUUAAUAAUGGUCUAUGGCAUAUGGUCUCUGUGGAAGAAUUAGAACAGAGUAUUAGUGUGAAAAUAGCUAGAGAAGCCAUAAUGAAUAUAAAUAAACCGGAGAGCCUUUUUAAGUCUACAAGUGGAUUUGUAGAAACCAAAGUAUACUUUGCAGGCUUACCUCGGACACAGAGGAAUACACUCAUUAAGCCGAUUAAUCCUCGUCUAGAUGGAUGUAUGCGAGGCUGGAAUUUGAUGAAUCAAGGAACUGCAAGAGUAGAUGAAAUUAUUCAAGAAAGACAAAAUAAGCAUUGUUUUAUCACUGUGGAGAAAGGUUCCUACUAUCCUGGUUCUGGAGUUGCUCAAUUUAGCAUAGAUUAUAAUAAUAUAUCAAACCCUGAAGCUUGGCAUGUAAAUGUGAUUUUGAAUAUUCGUCCAUCCACGGGCACUGGCGUGAUGUUUGCCUUGGUUUCAGGUGACACGGUGCCCUUUGCCUUGUCCCUGGUGGACUCCUCCUCUGAGAAGCUUCAGGAUAUCCUGGUAUCUGUUGAAAAUACGGUAAUAUACCGGAUAGAGGCCUUAAGUCUGUGUUCCCGUCAACAAUCUCAUCUGGAAUUCAGAAUCAACAGAACAAAUCUGGAGCUGGUGACUCCACUUAAAUAUGACAUCAUCUACUCUGAAGAUCUUCAAAGAGAAUUUGGCAUCUUGGACAAAGCAAUGAAAGGAAAAGUAGCCACUUACCUGGGUGGCCUUCCAGUUGUUCCAUUCAGUGCAACACCAGUGACUGCCUUUUUUAAUGGCUGCAUGGAAGUGAAUGUGAAUGGUGUACAGCUGGAUCUGGAUGAAGCUGUUUCUAAACACAAUGAUAUUAGAGCUCACACAUGUCCAUCAGUUUUGGAAAACAAAAAGAGCCCUUAAGUCAUCUUUUGUCUGCUGAUAACAUCUUUUUCCUGGGUGUAGUUAUACUUACAUUUCAAUAAUAGUUGAAGGGUUUUACUUAUGAGGGCAGACUUUAAUUAUUUUAUGGUACUUUGUUUGACCUUCUUGGAAUUUUAAAAAGGUCCUUUUUUGAGAAAACAAGAUUCUCUUGUGAUAUAAAUCACAUUAAAAAGUUCUUACCUCUGUUGCUGUCUAGAAAUUAAAUAAUGAAAAAACAUAAGAAAGUUAAUUUUAAUUUUUGCUACAAAUGACAUUUCUUCAUUUUUAUGUUUGUAAAGGUAAAUUUUAAUUGUGUCAUCAUGAACUAGUGUCUAAAUAUCUAGUUUUCUUGGAAGGCAAGGAAGUAAACCUAAACAAAUGUUCAUGAGACUGAGUACUAUUGAUCAUAGCAGAUACUAUUUUGUUUUUGUUUCUUCCUAAUGAAAGCAGAAGAGACAGUGGCCUAUUAAUUUGAAUUGAGUGGGAGGCCUUACAGCUUUAUUCCAAAACAACUCCUCAGGGGCACCAGCUUCGGCUUCACCUUUCUUUCACUGGCUUCACAUUUGAACCACUAGUUUUACUGAAUUAGAGAACAAGUGGACACAUUUUCAGACAGCAGCACAUGAAUCUUAUCAGUUACUUAUUGGAUUCCACGAGGAUGAGCUACCAGAUGGUGCUGGGAUGGGUGUGGAAACUGGGAGUGGGUACAUUCUUUAAAUUUGACUGUGCUGGUCACACAAGCUCCAGAUUAGAAAAAGUAGAACUUAAUGAUGGAAAGAAUGAAUGAUUCCAACUUUAAUUACCGGAAUAAGUUGCCAGAAUGUGACUGUUUAUUGAAGGAUAAAGGGAACUAUGAAAACUACAAUAGAUUUUAAUGAAAGAGUAACAACAGAGGGACAUAGUUACUAUUGUGUCUUUGGAGAAAGUAGUUCUAUCACUCCUAAACCUGUGAUUCACAUUAAGAAUGUAUCUUAUGUCUCAUUGACAGUUUUAGAGAAUAAACUAUUUUUUCCCACUAGAGGUAUUUUAUAUCAUGUAAAACAUAAUAAAUUGCUGUAUAUUUUUAAAAUUUAUAUGAAUGAUAUCUAUAUUCUAUCAACUCUUUGAACAGAACAUAAAAUUAUAGACCUGGCCAGGUAGCUCAGUUGGUUAGAACAUUGUCCUACUACCCUAAGGUUGUGGGAUUGAUCCCUGGUCAGGGCACAAUACACCAGUCAACCAAUGAAUGCAUAAACAUGUGGAACAACAAAUCUCUCUUUUUCUCUCAACAAUCAAUAAAUUUUUAAAAAUUGCUUAAACAAUAUAAAAUUACAUAGUAUGCAUGUAACUCUUCAUGCAGCACAGUAGUUCUUUAGUUCAAAGAUAGAUAAAGCUCAAAUAUCUGAUGAAUAGUUAUGGCUGCAUUGUACACACUGGAGCUGAGAAAGGAAGAAAAGCAAAAGUCACAUGUAUAAAGUAUUUGCCAGAAAUUGUGCUAGACCAUCUUAAUGGAUGUAAUUUUUCUCCCAAUUACUACCAUGUACUGUGGGGAAUAAAUUUCAGCAAGCAGCUACUGAUGAUUACUUCAGUGUAAAAAAACUAAGGAAGUGGAGUGGUGGCCUGUGUGGCUCAGCUGGUUGGAGCGUCCUCCCAGGAGCGCACACCGGAGGCAACCGGUGGAUGAUUCUCUCUUCCUAUCCCUCUCUUUAAAAUUAGUAAAACAUAUCCUUGGGUGAGGAUUUAAAAACAAAUAAGGAAGUAGAAAAACUGAAAGUAUAUGAAGAGAAAAAAAGAAUGGAAGAAAGGGGAAAAUGAAUAUUUUGAGAGGGGAGCUCUCUGAUUCUCAUUUAACUAUGCCCCACUACACUGAACUAUACAGAUCAAUUCCACAUUUGUCAUUAGAAAUAGAACCUUCCAACGUGCAGUAAUCUUCUUAGAGGCUCCAUGUACUUAUUUAUAAACUUCAUCUAUCUUUGAGAUGGACUCACAUGUGGCUUAGAGAGAGAAGGUGUCUAGACCUCAGGCUAAGAAUCUUUCAUUUGACCUUUGAUCUUGAUGUUUGCCAAGAAAUACAGAUUCCUAAUUUUAAAGAGAACUGUGGUACUGAACAUUAUGCAAGACAGGUUGUAGAUUGCCAGCUUGCUGAUUUAAUACAUUGGAAAGUAUAGAUCUGCCGCAGCAUGCCCAGGCGCAGUGUUCCUGAAAGCAUUUGUGACUCAUCGGAAGGGGGGCAUUUAGAUACAGCAGGAGUGAUGACUAACAAGGAUGAGAUUUCAUGUCUGCGGGAAGGCAUGGCCGGGAAGCCCAGGAGGACCCUGAUAGAAUUCUUGGUUCAGUUCAGGGAAGACGGUGCUUAGUUCAGAUACUCUAGAAUUCCUUCAUUCUGUCUUAAGUGGUCACUUGAGCUUCAAAAUAUUUUGCAAUGGAUAUGAAAAUCUGUUAAAGGAAACAAAAGAUAGUAUUUCAAAUACAGGAAAAAAAUGAAAUUUGUAUGCCUUGAUUUGUUUUUUUUUUCAUUUUUAUGCAGAGAUUAAAAAAUAUAAAGCUAUAUGUUGCUUAGCAAAGAUUUUUAAGAUACCCUAUAUGUAGGAUGAUUGAUUAAAAAAACAAACCUAAUCACUUUUCAGAGUAUAUGUUCUUAAUUGAGGAAUGAAAUUGUAUUUCAGAUUUGUGAUGCCAGGAACGUGAACAAACUAAAAGUUACUGUGCAGUUGUCAGAAAUAAUAAAUCCAGCUUUUUAUGAAAAAAA